CACAGGAACAAAAGCAAACAGCGUGGGAGUGAAGUUUUUCAUGGAUCUUUUGCGCCCGGUUGAAGCUCCACGUGGAGAGCGCCACGCGGCAUGAUCCAUCAAACACCCAACGACACCAUUGACACCAACCAAAGCCGACAAUAGCAAUAGAUAUCGAUUCGAUUCAGAGGACAACAAUGAUGCUGAACAGAAAGACUCUUCUUGUGUGCAUCUUACUGGCCGUGACUGCCACCUGCCGAGCACAAUACGACGACUAUCCUGAUUAUCAAGAUUAUGCGAAUGAAUACGAGGGCGAAGACAAUCUUUAUCAAGGAUAUGCGGAAAGACAAGAGCAAAAAGCCGUCGGUGGCGGCGGCGGAAUGGGUAUUGGCAAAGUUAUAGUAUGUUCGGCUUUUUCCUGGAUUGCGGGUGCCAAGGUUCAUUCGGACCGUGUCACCAAGAAGCUGAAGAAUAAAUUCCAAAAGGAACAAAAGCAACUCUACACACAAUAUUACAAUGAUGUAUAUAAGCUGACGGAAGCAAAACAGGAUCUGGAAAAGUACAUUGAACAACUCAGUGAGACCCUAAAGCAAACAGAAAAGAAGCACGAGCUGGAGGCAAUGCAGAGGGAUUAUGAGGAAUUCAAACAACCCGACAUUGACGGCGAUGAAAGGAUCAGCCGAGCCGAGUUCAACAUGUAUGUCAAAAAUUACCUCGCCAACUACCCGGGGCUGUCAGAAAAGGACUAUCCAAAGUUCGAAGACUUUGAUCACGAUGGAGAUGGAUACGUUAGUUUCCAGGAAUACUCGCAACAGAUGGCAUUACAAGCCCAGCAGGCCGAGCUAGAGCAGCUGUACGGACAGGGUAGUGGUGGAUCAGAGAAAGCAGAGGCGCUCAAGGGAUUAUCAGGCAAGGCAUAUUGAAGAAAGAGGAUCGUACCAAAAUGUACUAUACAAAUAUUCAGCUACUGGUUUAUGUUCCAAAGCAAUUCCUCUACCAGGAUGGCUGCUUUAGUGCCUCUGCGAUUGCGGCCUUGCCAUUGGGUUGGUCUUGUUCCUUCUCCCUUUUCAAAUUGCCGGAGUGUUUCGAUGAAGUUUGAAGGCCAAAUGAGCCUUGGUUGCUGGUAUAUUAGUUUUUAGAAUGUAUCUUGUUCGCGUGAGGACCAAUACGAACAAAGGCAUGCAUUGGAUACCUUCAAGUGCAUGUCAGAGAGAUUGUAAUCACUAAGACUGAGGACUCGCUUACUUGAACCAAUGAACAAUUAUUGCAGCAGGGAGUUUCAGAUGCUAUCGCGGCUGCUAUUUCUCAGGCUAGCUACUACAUACUCCCUAGCUAGCUAGAGUAGUGGUUACAAACUCGGGGAUUCGUUCUACCAUACAGAGUCAGUUCUCCGUGCAAAACCUAGCUAGCGCUAGCUAGCUCCCUCUUUGUGUCGGGAUGUGAAACGAACACUUUUUCGUUUUGUGGUGGCCCAGCAAGCUGGGUUUGCUAGAAUGCUCAGGUGAGAUUCUUGAGCUCGAAGCCAGUUCACCCCGACCGACAUGCAACUACAAUGAGAUAGAAGCGAGUAUUCACCUAUAUUCUGUGCUUUCUUCAGCACUUCAAUCAGAGGUUUCAGGAUGAAAGCAAGAUUUAGAUAGGUUUAGACAACACCUUUGAU